CCCCAUCCCGGGCAGCCGCGGCGCUGGGCGCCUUCCAAGACAAAGUCCGUCCUGUGCGCGUCUGAGAGGGGGGAGCCGGCGGUGGGGACAGCUUGAGGAGCUGAGCCCGAGCGGGACCAGAGACGUGGGGGCUGGUCCUGAUCCCCCGAGGGCUGCGGGAAACCGGUUCUGGAUGCCUCCAGAGCCAGUCCUGGAUGCCCGAAGCCGGUUCUGCUGUAAGGAGUUGUGUUUGGGUGUCUCGCGGAUGGAGUUGUGAGAGGGACAGAGGGCAAUCCUGCAUCCUUGGGUCAGGAUCUGGGCUGGGGAGCCGGUCCUGGGUGUCUCCAGGGAUCGGGUUGCGCUGCUGGCCCUGGACUGGUGAGAUACAGGAUGCUCUGGGUAUCUCGGUGAGGCUGCCCCAAGCUUUUGGGGAUUGUGGGGUUGGCAGCCCCAGGACGCUCGUGUUUGGCUUCAGAAAGUGGGUGCUGGCACUGUCUAGCUGUCCCGGGGGUCAUAUCUUGCCUGCUUGGCUGGGGGCAGGGUCUCAGGAGGUGGCACUGACUUGUCCCUGUUUUGAGUGCUCUCCGUGUCCUGCAACUUCCUUUGCAGAGCAUCACCUCAGCCUAGCUUCUCUGCAGUGCUCAAGCUCAGUCUGCCCAAGCUCCUGGGCCAGGCUGGCCCCAGCAAAACAGGAGAGAGCCCACAGCUGCUGCCUCCCGCCUGGGAGAGCUGGAUCCCCAGCGCUUGAUGGGGGGCCCAGGCCAUAAAUGCACCUUUACAUCUCGCCUGUGAGGUCAGACGAGUCCACAAGGAAAACAUGAGCUUGAGCUAGAGGGGCUGCAUAAUGGCUCCAUUCAGCAGGGCCACAGGGCGCUGGUGCCCCCUCCUCAAAUUACAGCCAGAGUUUCCUAAGGAGGCAUUUCACAAGCCAGAGUGGCCGCAGCUCCCAUCAGCGCCGUUCCUUGACAGGGAGCCAUCCCUCCUCAGCUGCCCGUGACCUGCACCACCAAGCUGCCACUACAUCUUGGGGUGGCAGAGGGAACUUGAGUAGUGUCCCCACCCUGUUCCUUGUAUCCUGCCCCAGGUGCUGGGGAUGAGGUGCCUGGAUUCCCCCCAUGCAGAAGGACCCCCUCAUCCCCACUGGAUGAAGGAGGAGGAGGAGGUUCUGCACCAACACCACAGGGCUCAGGCUCGCUCACUGUGCCACCUGUGGCUGCCAUGGGGUAUGAAAGAGACACUGGCUGUUGGGUGGGACAGAUGGGUUGUGUCCAUUGUCCGGCAGGACUGGGGCCUGAAGGCAGCUGAGGAGCUGGGGAUGGUGGGGCAGGGACAGUCCCUAGGAAGCUCAGAUGAUGUUUGCAUCACUUCCUAUCCCUCACCCAUCUGCAAACCCUUCUUCCCUCUCCACUCACUCACUUGGCACCCACCCCCAUCAUUGUGUACAAUGGAUGUGGAGGACCCCCCAUAUGUUACCAUCUAAACCCACCCCAGUGGCCCCAAGGCCCUGGUGCUGCAGGUCCUGGGGCCAGGAACAGUGGGACUGGAGGUGGCUUUGGGAGGACGUCCCAUUGUCCUCCACCCAAGGCUGUUUGAGCUUGUUUUACCCUUGGCUCUGCAAAGCCAAUCCAGACAUCCUGUGGAGAUGCCACCAUGGGUUUCAGAGGCCUCAGGAUUGUGUGAUUUCUUGAGACCUGACUUCCAAGUAGAAAUUCAAGGAAUAAUUUAGGGGAGAAGAAAAAAGCAUAUUUGGGGGUCUUUGGGGUUUUGUGUUCUAAAUUCAAGUUGUCCUUAAAUCUGAAGUUCAUUUGUAACUGGUUUCCCAUUGGUAUGAUCAAAGGUCCCAGUGGUGACAGCCUGGGCACUGCUUUGUCCCUGUCCUGCUCUCUUGCUAACAUUCUCUUUUCCAAUCUUUGGUCUUUUAUUUUCUUUCUCUGCCUGAAGAGCUUCUGUUUAUGUGCAUGAUCCUGUUCCUGACUGCCCUGAGGAUGUCUGUUUGUCUGGCUGCACCCUGAGGCUGGGAUCAGAAUGCUGCAGCUGGCAUCAGCUGGAGAGUGCCAGUGCCUGGAACCCAGUGGUCCCAAGAGCACUGUGUGCCAGCUGGGUGGCACUAGGUGAUGGGUGAAAGAUUAGCACUGGGGUGAUGCUAGGCAGGGUGAUGAAGGAGCAGCAGGGCAGGUAUAGAGAAGCACUGGGAAUGGGGAGGGUGCUAGUGGUUCUCUGAGCACCAGGGGUAUGCUGUGUGUCUGCAGGGCUCCUCUGCAGCUCCAUCCAUGGGGUUGAGUUGGGUGAUCUCACGUGGGACCACAUGCAGCAGCUCCCAGCUGAGCCCCAGAAUCCAGGGAUGUGAGCCUGCUCCUCAUUGUUCAGGGCAGGCUCUGCUGGUCUUAUUGAGGAGCCACCCCCCCUGCCUCAGAGCCCUCUCUAUAGCCAUUGGUAAGGUGAUUUCCUGGGGCAAUGUAGGAUACUAAUGCACAAGAAAAAUAUUCUACAUCUGUGAAAAGCCUGGGAUCAUUAGCUGAGAUCCCAGUGAUGCUCAGCAUGAGCAGGACAUAGCUAGGGGCCUGGGGCAAGGCUGGCAUGGAGGACUCAUCCCUGCAGGUGCCAGCUCUAGCUCUGCCCACAUCCCACUCUUUUUCCUCCACAUCAGCUGAGGUCUCAAGCCCUGGCCACAGCUCAAAGGCAGAUUUUCAUUGUUUUUUUCCCAGCAUUUGUGGUGCUUUGAAGGAAAGGAAGUAUUUGCAUACUGGAUAUCUGCAGUGCCGUGUCCAUGUGGGUUGGGAGUGAGCUUUUAAACACAUGUCCCAGUCAUCCUUUUCCAGUGCUCGGGGAGCACAUGGAGCAAGCCCUUUGUCAAGGAGCUGAAGCCAUGAAACACCUUUAAAUCCCACACCCUGAUGCACACUGAUGACCUGCAGCCAGCACUGACCCUCCAUGGGCUGGCCGUGCUCUGGGACCAGUCCAUGUACCCCAUUGGGAGCACUUGUUUCCCAGACUCACAUCCUGGCUACCUCUCCUUGCCACAGGACCAAGUUUAUUUGCUGUCAAAGCUGCUGGUAAAUGAGGUGGGGGCUGAGCAGGGUGUGGGAGGCCAUCAGCAGGCACAGGGAAGGAGAGAUUAGCUAUCAGGGAACAGAUAAGCCCAAAUCAUGUGAGGUGGUGGGCUGGUCGCAGCUGGGGGUAGUUGUGGUGCCGCUCACCUCCUCCAGCUCACGGCAGAAGUUUUUCCAUCCUGCCACCACGUUCCAGUAACUCCCAGCUCCCCACCAUAAGCUCGGGGGUUUUAUCACAAAGGAUACUUUUUGGCACAUUUCCCAUGAUGCUUGUUUUGGUGGCCAGGCUGGGUUGUUGGAGGCAGGUUUCCCAGGUGGAAGGGUUUCCUCUUGCAAACCUGUGAUGGUUUCAUUCUAAAAGCCACCAAACUGAAUUUCUAAAGGGUGAUGUGGUGAAAGCAGCCCCAGGUGCAACAGUGAGGUUUUGGCCAUGAUAUGGAAGGGCAAGAGCACCAUGGAUCCUUCUCCACCUCUGCCUGAAUAUCCCAGCACAGCUGGCAAAGCUUUUUUGGGGGGCACAGCCUGAAACCUCUUGCAGAGAAGGACCUUGACUCCAGUCCUCGGGGGUCCUUGGCGAGGUGAUUUGGUGGUUGUCCCCUCUUUGCCAUUAACCCUGUGCAUCCCCUGGCAUGCUCGGUGGGAGCAGAGCCCCCAUUGAGCCCUAGGGUCCCUGUGGGGGGUGUUUGUGCUGCUGCCAUCACAGUAUCUUGCGGCUGCUUCUACAGGCCGCAUAGAUGGAGCUAUUUUGGGCUCCAGCUGCAAGGCAUUUUUUCCAGGCCUUGAAUCAUUUUUGUGGUUCUUUUCUGCCUCCAUUCCAACUUUUCACUGUCCUCCACGAAAAGGGGGACACGGUGCUCCUGGCUGGGCCAUGCAGCUGCUGCCCACCGAGGGGCCAGGGCAGGAGCUGCAGCCCCAGGACCCCGGUUUGGCUGAGGGGCUGUGGCAGCUCCCUCCCCGGCCCCAGGAUGAGGCGGUCUGGCAGCCAGACGUGGUCCUGUGACUGCGCUGGGUUUUGAGCGAAUACUUCCUCGCUGUCUCCUCCUCUUCUGCAUUUGUUACAUAUAAAGAGGAAAAGGGGAAAAAAAAAGAGCAAAGGCCAAAUGCAUUCCAGGCUGCGCUGCCAGACCAGCCCGGGUGAAGUUUUCCUUGACUGCAGCAUCUGCCUGGGUUGUUUGUGACCCUCCAGCAUUGCUCCCUCACCUGUGGGACGAGGUGGUGUGGGUCACCCCAAGGAUGAGUGGGUGGCUCCAGGGAUGAGCAGGGGUCCAUAAAUGGGGAUUUCUGUGGGGUCACGGGGAGUGCGCUCCACAAGCCCAAUUGCAGCAUCAUGAGCCCCCAAAGAUUUGCUUGGGGGGGUUCUUUGACAAAGCGUGGGUGAGGUUGUCCCCAUGUGUCCCUUCCCAGCAGAGAGCUGAGCAUCCCUGGCGGAGCCUCUGAGUGGGUCUAAGCCCCCAUCCUGGUCAAGUUGUGCCAAAAAUGUCCUGUCUGAUGAUCCUGUGCCUGGUACUCCCUGGAGGUGGUGGCACUCCAGGACUCUCAAGAGCUCAGGGACACAUUCCAGCUGCCUGAAGUUGGCAUCCCCCUGCUUGUACAUAGGGACAUUCCCUGGGGGCUGGCUAUGUUGCAGCUAUUCCAUCCAGGUGGUUCCAACCUGCCUUUGAGGUUCCAUCCCCAAACCACAAAGCACCAUGCCUGGGUCUCAAGUCAUGUUUUGACAUGGGGCAUUUAGAAUCUUCCUUUUUUUCUCAGCUUUUUGGGUCUUUAGAUUUAUUUUUUUUAUUGUAGAGGUUGCAAACAUGACUUUUGCUUUUUCAUCACUCCUUAUUAAUGGGAAAAACUAGUCCUGUUCUUACUCCUGGCAUCAUCUGAAUGCCUGAUGGGGCACCCAUGGGGUGCCCUAGCAGACCCAUUAACUCACUGUGUGCUGGAGGAGCCAAGAGCUCUCCUUCCCUUUGGAGGUGUAGAAGCCCACAGCAGGACCUGUCACCAUCAUGGCUUCAGUACUCCUGGUGGGCUUUUGGGAAGGACCAGGACUUUCUCAGGGUUGUAACUAUUUGUGAUGCUUUUUUUAUCCCUGCAGCUCCUCGGUUCUUGUGUGCUGCCUGGGAUGGAGGCAACAAGGGAGCGAGUGUUUAAUAGGUAAACACCGGUAUUUUGCUUCAUUGGGCUCUGCCCAUCCUUCACUGAGCCCUCCUGGCCUCACCACCACUGUCAGGGGCCACCUUGAUGUGUCGUGUGGCUGGGAUUCCCCAUCCUGGGGACCUGCAGCUGGAGUCCAGCCUCCCUGCAGUGCACCAAGCCAGCACCAUGUGGAUGGAAUGGGUACUGAGCCGCAGUGUCAGGGGUCACAGAGCUGUGGGGGGUUUCUUUCCUUACCAGCUAGCUCUGGGUCUAAGGACUUGGAGAUGCUGCUCAGGGUCCUAAGGGACAGUGAAUUGUCCCCCAGGGUGAAGGUGCAGCUGCAGGAAUGGGACUGAGAUUCCCUGCAGAUGCUGCAGCAGCAUGGGGACCUGAGCCAGAGCCACCAGUGAAGCCGAAGCUGCCCAGACCAGGCACGUAGCCUAUGAUGGCCUCACUCACAGAGGCUGCUGGGACUGUGACCAGUGAGCUUGGACUGGGGCCGUAUAAGGUGUCACAGCUCUUUACUGGGAGCCACAGUGAGCCCAGCAUGGGUGCUUACUGUGCUCAUGGAUGGUGAAACCCUGGGAGCAUCAUUCCCUGCAUUGGCAAUGAAGACAGCUGCUUUGGGGUUACCCCAGAGUCUCAGCUGGCCACAGGGCUCACCAUGCCCCAGGAGAGCUGGAGGUGCAGCAGACCAAAGCCCACAUAACCAACUAACCCACUGUGCAUGAGCCCUGUAACCACUCGCUGCAUGUGUUGGGAAUGGGAUGUGGCCUGUUUAGAAGGGAGAAGGACAGGAUCUUCCAGGACACUGAGGGGUGGGAUGGUCCCACAGCAAGUUAUUCCCAUCUCUUGCCCUCCCAACCUGCUCUAACCUUUAGACUCACUGCUCCUAACAUGUGUAAUCUGUCUGUUUUAGGGGUUUCUAUAAUAUCCAUCAUCAUAGGUCUAACAACUCCCAGCCAUAUGCGAGGGGAACUUCACCUGCAAGGAGAACGAGGUAUGCGUCAGGCCCGGCGAGUGCCGUUGCCGCCACGGCUACUUUGGUGCCACCUGCGACACCAAGUGUCCCCGGCAGUUCUGGGGUCCCGACUGCAAGGAAAUGUGCACGUGCCAUCCCAAUGGGCAGUGUGAGGAUGUGACGGGCCAGUGCACCUGCAACCUCAACCGCUGGGGCCCCAAGUGUGAGAAUAUCUGCCUCUGCAAGCAUGGCAAGUGUGACCAGAAGACAGGCAAAUGCACCUGUGAGCCCAACUGGUGGGGACCACAGUGCUCCAGCUCCUGCUAUUGCAGCCACAACUCCCAGUGUGACCAGCAGACAGGCAACUGCCUGUGCCAGCCUGGCUGGUGGGGCCGUGGCUGCAACAACCAGUGCUCCUGCAAUAACUCACCCUGCGAGCAGUUCACGGGGCGCUGCCAGUGCCGGGAGAGGACCUUCGGGCCUCGCUGCGACCGCUACUGCCAGUGCUACAAGGGCAAGUGCAACCAGGUGGAUGGGACCUGCACCUGCGAGCCGGGCUACCGGGGCAAGUACUGCCGCGAGCCGUGCCCAGCUGGCUUCUACGGCCAAGGCUGCAGGAGGCGGUGUGGGCAGUGCAAGAGCCUGCAGCCGUGCACCGUGGCCGAUGGGCGCUGCCUGACAUGUGAGGCAGGCUGGAACGGCACCAAGUGUGACCAGCCCUGCUCACCCGGCUUCUAUGGAGAGGGCUGUGAAAAGCUCUGUCCCCCCUGCAAGGAUGGCCACACCUGUAAUCACAUCAAUGGCAAGUGCUCCCACUGCAACCCGGGCUGGAUUGGAGACCGGUGUGAAACCAAGUGCCGGAACGGGACAUACGGGGAGAACUGCGCCUUCGUCUGCAGUGACUGCGUCAAUGGCCAGUGCCACUUUGAGACUGGGCAGUGCCUCUGCCACCCCGGCUCCCAUGGCACAUACUGUAACCUGACUUGCCCUCCCGGACGCUACGGAGCCAACUGUGCCAACGUCUGCAGCUGCCACGACGGUGCCUGUGACCCCCUGACAGGCGCCUGCCACAUGGAGGCCAACCAGAGGAUGGGGGUGAUUGGGGCAGGGGCCCUCCUGGCGCUGCUGCUCAUCCUCCUGCUCUCCCUGCUCUGCUGCUGCUGCGUCUGCCGCAAGAAGGAUGAAGCCAGCAGCUCCAGCCAGGACCCAGCAGCAGCCAAGAAACCUCCAAGACGUUUGUGUGGGCGGUUCAGUCGGAUUGGGAUGAAGCUCCCACGCAUCCCCCUGCGCCGCCAGAAGCUGCCCAAGGUCAUGGUGGCCCACCAUGACCUGGAAAACACCUUGAACUGCAGCUUCAUCGAGCCACCCUCUGUGGUGGAGCAACCUUCCCCAUCCUGGUCAUCCCACGGCUCCUUCUCCUCCUUUGAAACCACGGACGAGGGGCCCGUGUACUGCGUCCCCCAUGAAGAGAGUAUGGGUGAGAGCAGGGAUAGAGGGACACCUGCCAGCCCCGGAGACAAGCUGGUGGCCUCGAUCAGCGGGGAGGAAGCGGGCGAAUACACGUUCCUGAAGGAGACAGGCUCUGUCAGAGCCUUCCCGACCGACAGCAGUGAGACGCCCCUGCUCAAGUCCUCGGACAGCGAACGCUCCUCCUGCGGCUCGGGGUCGGCCGGCGCCGCGCUCUACGCCAGGGUCGCCCGCCUUUCCAAGCAGUCCAAGGAGGAGGAGGAUGCCACCGCGGAGCCCCGCAGCCCCGGGAAGCCACCAUCCCCGGAAAGGACCAAGCCCCGUCCUCCAGAUCCGGCCACGAAGCCCAAAGUCUCCUGGAUCCACGGCAGGUACAGCUCUGGCCAGUCCAACUCGCUGCCGGUACCCAGCCAGUCCCCAGAGCAAGCGGCCGCCCGGUCCGGCAGCCCCGAGCAAGGCCAGGGCUUGGCCAAGAGGAAGAGGAGUCCGAGCGAGACGUCCGCCGGUGUGCAGGGCAGAGCGGAGGAGAAGGGCGGCGCCCGGGGGAAGGAGAAAGCGCAGAAGCAACCGAAGGAGCCCGGCGUCCCCGAGGGCAAAUCCAGCCUCUGCGGGGAGCCCCAGUCACCCUCCAAACCCAAGCAGAGGAGCAAAGCCGGCUCGGAGCCGAUGGAGACCAUCAACGGAGCGGUGCAGAACGCCUUCCGAAAGAUGAGUGCCUUCCAGCCGGAGCGGCGGGCCGCGGACACCAGGGAUGCUCCGCGUAGCCCCGGUACCAGCAAAUCCCGCUCCGAGCCGCUGCAUCCCCAGCUGGCCUCCGAGCUGGCCGCCCAGCUGAAGGAAAAGACUCAGAGCCUCAACAAGGGGGACGGAGGCAUCCGGGCGAACGGGGUCGGUGCCCAGCGGGAGAAGCCCACCCCUCCACAGAAAGCCAAGCGCUCGGCGGCCGCCGGCGGCCAGAAGACCAGCAAACCCUUGCUGCCCACCUCUCCCCAUCUGCAAAAACUGAUCCCUGCGGCGGCCGAGACGGCAGCCGGGGAGCCCAAGUGGGUGGAGAAACCAAGUGCCGGCAGCGGCCAGGAGCAGACUCUCCCCACGGAGCAGGCAGCCAAGAAAACCCCCAUUAAGAAGCCGCCCAGGAAGAAGAGCCGGGAAGCGAGCCUGGAGCCGCCCAGGGCAGCUGCUGCGCCUGCUCAGGCAGUGCAGUGACCGGGAGCCGGGAGCCGGGAGCCGGGCACCGGCCCCGCAGCGGCCGCACACCGGGAACAAGGACAUUGGCCAGCACAACCAGCGAACGUGGGAGCCUGGACUGGGCUGGGGCACUGGAAGAGCCUUGAUCCUCCUUUUAUCCCCCUCCACCUCACUCAUCCCCCUUUUUGCCUUAGUUCCCUCUGACCUAGGACCCAGUCCCUUCAUCUGUGCCCUGCUCCUGCUCUCUGCCCGGGCCUCAGCUCGCCCUCCCUCCCCGCGCAGGACGGGACCGCAAGGAGCCGGCCCCGCCGCCACCCCGGGGGACUUCGUGUGUGGCGUAUCUCCCCCGCCCCUACUUUUUUUGUAGCAGUAUUAUCGACAGCAUAAGCAGCGCUUGUUGUACUAGACGUGGCCACGGUAUAUUCUGCAGUAACCGAAGCGCUCGCUUCCCGCGCUCCACUCCGCUCUGUCGGGGUCGCGGAGCACGGGAGAGGGAGGAAGCUGCUGCUCAGUGCCCAGCGCAGUGCCAGAGGUGUGCCCCACAUCCAUCGCUGGCAGCAGCUCCCCGGCCCGGCGCCCUCCAGGCACAGCUCUCCACUGCCGGUGCAUGCCGGAGUGGGGUCGAGCUGGUUUCGACCGAUGCCACCUUCCCACCCUCCGCCCCGGCGCUGCUCCUGGCCAGGAGGAAGCACUAUUUAUGGAUGGAGCUGGACGCCCUUCGGGCUCCUGUAUCCCAUCCCGUGGAGUUGGAGGGAUUAGUUUGAUAUGAGAGAGCCUGGCACCUCUGCAGAGCGCUUUCCUAAUAAAAAUGUAUUUCUUCCCUA